GCUUACAAUCACAAGGGGAUUCACGUGGCGAGUUGAUAUCUUUCGACACUUCAUUGCAGACUCAACAAUUUAUGCAGCCAUCAACAAUCUAUCAAUCUACCGAUAGGUUGAUGUUUGAAGAUGAUAAUUCUGAUGAGCGGGACUCUACAUCUCGACAAUUAACAUCAUUCCUUAAUAAGGAAAAGGCGUCCGUAAUAGAUGGCGAAGAGGAGUAUGUAGAAAUGUCGGGUGUUUCCAGAAGGGAAGAUGUGGUCAAUGAACAUUCAUCAAACAUAGAGAACAAUCGAAAAGACUAUUUUGAGGACUUUGACAAAAUUGACGAUGUCACAUCAACUCGCGUGCAUCAAAAAUCACAAGAGGAAACUCCCCAUAUUCACUUCGACGAUCCAGAUCGAGAGUCCUCAAAUAAAACCAAUAGGAAAUCUCGACUUGCUGCAUCUAAAAGUCUCAGACGAGUGAGCAGCAUGGUUGCAAGGGUUUCCACCAGAGUCGUCAAUAUCAGUAAUCUAACGAGGGAGCAAUUACAGAAGGUCGACGAAUAUGUUUCGGAAGAUAUAAAGUUACCCAAACGACAGAGUCGCUUCAGGAAGUCAACCGACCAGGUCUCAAUAAUCGACGAUGAUAAGGCUUCUCUGAGACAACCAAUCGUAGAAGAGUCGCCAGUUGGUCAAAAUUCUACAUCGGGCGCUCUUGGUGGAAAUGCACUCUUUAUUUUUGGUCCCGAUCACCCCGUCAGGAAGGCGCUUUAUGUGAUCUUGAGCAAUCCAUUUGAAAUAGCUGGUCGUAUAGUGGUGUCAGGAUUUAUAAUUAACCCGAAAAAUGAAGAAACUAUUGACGUUACGCAGUCGCUAUCAGUGUCAACAGAAAGUCAUCAUUAUGCGCCGAACACGGUUCGAGGACACUCCGCAUAUCUUAGACACACUUUCAACAGGCUCGACUUGGUAGCCGUGGUCUGUUAUUGGAUAGAUCUCAUGCUUACCUUUUCUGGAGUACACAAUUUUUAUAUUUUCAAGGCAUUAUCUACCCUUAGGAGUCUUAGACUCCUCGCCAUUAGUAGCGCAUUAUUGGUGUACAAGCUUUCAAAGGAUCGUUACGGCGGCGAAGGUCAAUACUGCGGGGGUCAUUAUCAGAAUGGCAUUUCUCAUCCGUUUAUCGGUUCGCCCGUUUCUUAUGCCAAAGGAUAUGUUUGCCCCGAAGGUCAGGUUUGCAUGGAAGUAGGAAACCCGUAUAAUGGAUUGUAUUCGUUUGACAAUGUUGGUUAUUCCAUGAUUCUAAUGUUUCUCGUCGCCUCGACGUCGAAUUGGACGGACCUCAUGUACAAAAUUAUGGAUGCUGAAUUUGGGUGGUCUAGCAUAUUCUUCAUAACAGGGAUUGUCGUGUUGAAUUUUUGGCUGCUCAACUUAUUCAUAGCAGUCAUCAUAAGCAUGUUUGCAAAGAUUCGAGAAGACAACGCCUCUCGUUCGGCCUUUACCUUGUCAAAGUCGACCCCCGUGUUAUUAGAAGAGGAGGAAGGUUGGACCUUGCAAAAUGGUCACCAGAAAUCAUCCAAUUGGCUAAGCCGUUUUAUGGAACGGACCAAUGUGGUGGGUAGUGUCGCCGGUCUUGCUAAUUUAAUUUUAUUCAUCCUGAUGGUCAACCUAAUUGCCGCCAUAUCCGGUUUACUGCUGUUGAAAGGUUACAUUCCGAAUGAUGGCACCAAUCUGAUGACAUUUGCGGACUUUUACAAUAGCUUUAUCGCAUUUUAUCAGCUUUUCUCUGGAUCAGAUUGGACCACCGUGUUUAACAAUGUGUUGCAAUAUGACUCAAUGUUUGCAUCCACUGCAUCGGCCAUCAUUGCCGCUCUAUUUCUUAUGACAUACAUCGGCGUGUCCAAUUUCAUCCUCCUGAAUAUGUUUGUCGCUGUAAUAGCGGAAAACUUCGAGAUAGCCGAGGAGGAGAAACACAAAAGACAGGUUCAAGCGUUUAGACAAAAAUCUGAUCCGUCGAUAAAAAAAGAAGAAGCGAUUUAUAGGUGGAAUUUUUAUAGAUAUUUCAAGGCCAAGCCGAAGGCAAUUGCUGUGGAAAGUAUUCCAUCGAAUUUAAUUCUGCAAACGCAAAAAAGUCGUGUCUGGGAUCUUCUCAAAGAUGACCAGAACAUCGGAAAGAAGAGUCACCCGGAGAAAAAUUUCAUGGAACCAACGAAUAAAUUCGUUAUCCGAAUCAAAAGAUUCUUCGGUCACGAGGCUGAAGAUGACGAGAUCGCUUUGAUUGAACGAGAGGUGUCGGGACUUCAAUAUGAAGAGACUAAAGGAACUACCGAAAAUAUGAAUCCAAUCGCGACUACCGUCGUCGACAAGCACGCUGAAACAUACAUCGAUGAUUACCAAGAGCGUCAAGCUCUCAAAGCAGAUUUUAUUGCUGCCCAUCCGGGAUAUGAUACUUCCCUUUGGUUGUUCCCAUCGCGUAACCGUCUGAGAAGAUUCUGUCAACUACUUGUACCCCCAAGCCAUGGUCGACGGAUCAAGGGCAUUCCACCUUCUCCGACAUGGAGCACCUUAUUCAGCGCCUUCAUCUACGUGUGUAUUGUGGCGAAUGUGGUUCUUGCCACAAUCGUCGUGCCCUCCUAUCAGAAACAGUAUUUCCAAGAUAGGGGAGGGUUAAAGAGAAUCACCUGGUUUUGGAUCACUGAUGUUGUGUUCGCCGCGAUAUUUACCGUCGAAUGCCUGAUAAAAAUAGUUGCGGACGGAUUUCUGCUUACACCGAAUGCAUAUUUACUUAAUGUUUGGAACAUAUUGGAUUUCUUUGUGCUCGCCACAUUGUACGCCAAUGUCGUGAUCGGACCAACAAGUAGAUUUGGAGCGCCAAGGAUCAUCAGAUCUUUUAAAGCACUUCGAGCGCUCCGAUUGAUUAAUCUGAAUAGCGCGAUUAAAGAUACUUUCUAUUCAAUUCUUAUCGCCGGUGCCCCACGUAUCUUGGACGCAUCAUUCUUGGCCCUUUCCUUGAUCAUACCAUUUGCCAUUUAUGGGACAAACAUUUUCGCGGGGCUCUUUUUAAAUUGCAACGACAACGGUUCCUCCAUCCAAACGAUUAAUGAUUGCGUGGAAGAGUACGGACAGACAACAUUUAAUUGGGCAUAUCUUUCACCAAGGGUGUGGAACAAUCCAUAUCAGUAUAGUUUCGAUUCGUUCAAGGAUAGUUUACUGAUCCUCUUUGAAGGUGUUUCUGGGGAAGGAUGGAUUAAUGUGAUGAACUCGGCAAUGCAAAUUACCGGCCUAAACCUUAGUCCUCAACCGAACGCCACGAAGUGGAACGCGAUGUUCUUCGUCAUCUUCAAUUUGGCCGGAUCGGUCUUUGUGUUGACAGUCUUUGUUAGUGUGAUCAUAACGAAUUUUCAAAAGAAAUCUGGAGAGGCAUAUCUAACCGAGGAGCAGAAGAGGUGGAAUGAUCUGAAGAAAUUGCUCAAGCGAAUUAAACCCUCGAAAUUACCAAAGAAACUCGAGGGAUCAUUUCAAGUUCGAAUACACGAUAGUGAGCAUCUGGUACCAAAUUUGGUAAGAAAUUCACGGGUUGUCCACUCCCUGACCACCCCUGACGAAAGGGACUCGAUCUCAAGCAUGAAAGACAAAAAUCGAUUCGACCUUCUGGCGAAGGAAAAUAUUGAUACCAGGAAAUUGCAACAGAAUCUAAAGAAUCUAAAUCCCUCCAAAAUAUCACAACGCAAAAGAAUUUAUAAUAUGAUCUAUCAGGAGGCGAUGCUGUCAACUGAAAGGGACGCUCUCGGAAAUGAAAAAGGAAUCUCAUUUACAAAUAUGCUCCUGCUAUUGGCUCACUAUAAACUUGUGGAUGACGAAAAAUGUUUACAGAUCAAUGAAUAUAUUAAGAGAGCCAAAAAAUUGGAAAAGGUGAAGGACAACGUUUGUAGAGAUCGCGUGAAAUCUUUAUUGCGCACUAUCUACUGGCGCAAGAAAUUCAAAGCCAUUAAAGAAAGCAGAAGGAGUGUCAGCGAAUCCGUUCCACUUAUAAGGGUCGACAAUCAGGAAUCUCAAGUACCGACGCUUCAAAUAAACACACCAGGAUUUGGUCACAUAUCUUUCCAAUCAAAUUCACCAACAACACCAACAUUCGCCGCAAUAGCUCAAUCGCCUAAUUCGCCUAAUUCCCAGGUGUUCGAACAUGACGGUUCCCUGGCAGUGACAUUGGAAUCUAAUUUAGAAAGUCCCUCAAGGAUCUCCCGUGAUUCGAGCAGCGGAGACUUUUCGGGAGCCGGCACCAAUAACACAUGGAAUUCCGUGGAUGCCAGUAGGGAUAUGGACAGUGCAACCGCUGACCAAGUUCUUAACAGUCUUCAAAGCAAUUCAUGGCAUGGUAAGAUACAAGUGAUCUAUUACUACUCUCGUCUUUCCUCCGAAUAA